CUGGCAGAAUCUCAAACCCUGCAAAUGCAACACUCCGGGACAAGCUCAGCGCCAACCUCACCACCAACUCCACCAUCCCAGAACCCUUUUCCCAGAUUAUUUCCCAACCCAUUCCCUAAUCCCAGGCUCUCCCACCCGCAGGUGGACGCUCGGAACAUCGACGGCAGCACUCCGCUGUGCGACGCCUGCGCCUCGGGCAGCAUCGAGUGUGUCAAAGUUCUGCUGUCGUACGGAGCCAAAGUCAACCCUCCCCUCUACACAGCCUCCCCUCUCCACGAGGCCUGCAUGAAUGGCAGCCCGGAGUGCGUGCAGCUCCUCAUCGACGUCGGUGCCAACCUGGAAGCUCACGAUUGUCACUUUGGGACACCGCUGCACGUGGCCUGUGCCAGGGAACACCUGGAUUGUGCCAAGCUGCUCCUCAACGCAGGUACAGCAUUCCUGGGAUUUUUUCCAAACAUUUUCCUCACUGGAAUUCCCUCGAGGAGUUGUUCCCACAUGGGAAAAUGGGAAAUUUGGCGUUUUCUGGAAGAAAAUGAAGGUUUAGGUAUUUUUCCAGCACAGGGUAUGAAAUUCCAUCCCUGGGAUGUCCAAGGCSUUGGGAUUUGUCCCAAARGAAUGAAACUGGAUAAGCUUUCGGAUCCCUUCCAGCCCAACCCCAGAAUUCCUUAA